AUGGGGUCAGUGCUAAACAUACCCUUUUCCAUGUGGAUGUUGUCACUCUGGGCUAUGUUACCCCUGGUAUUUCUUGACCCUGAAGUGAACUCUCUACGAUCUCAGGAGCCACAGACGUACCUGGAUGUUAGUUCUCUCCGUCGCAGACUGUCUUCUGGCACUCGACCUUACAGCCUCUCUCUGUCUCCAAUGGAUUACCACUAUUCUCCUAAACCAAAGCAUCUUCGGACCCCCCGUCUUCUUCGUCUCCUGGGGUCAUCAUUUGACCCAUUUUGGAUGUCUGUAGAAAAACCUUCAGCUAAUGGCACCACUAGCCAGCUGUCGAUACUCAGCCAAGACCUUUAUGAUGGCGGUAGCCGUUACCGCAAGAAACUUGUUCAGGAGGCUGAAUCCCUUGACUUUGGAUCAAUGAAGCUGCCUAAAGAUCUGUCUGCAAAUGCUAGUCAAACUGUGGAGAAUGAAUUACGCAGAUGGCUGGUGCAGAGGGCCAGCUGUCAGCUAACCUCUACUUGGGUGGACCUUGGCCCCAUUUUCUGGCCACGAUGGGUACGGCACACGGACUGUGAUGGAGGAAACACUGCCUGCUCUUGGCCGCCCGGUAUGGCAUGCAGACAGGCACAGCUUACACAGAUUAAAUUGCUAGCCUGGCACUGCUGGACACAGGAAGCUGGCACUAACUGGGCACCACAGCAAUGCACCUGGAGGCAAGUGCCCUAUCCAGUGGUUGCAGCAUGCAAGUGUACCUGCAGGUGAAAUGAAAGCACUAUAGAAAGUGGGGAGCCUACCUAAUCCAGAAAUACCUUUUCACAUUAGUUCUUAGAAUAAACUGAGAUAUAAAUCCCAUUUCAAUAUCUGG